AUGUCACUUAAUGAAGUUUCAGGGUUGAGAAAAUUGCAGGUCAAUGAAUUAGAUGAAGCUCGUCGGGAUGCCUAUGACAAUGCUCAGCUGGCGAAAGAAUGCAUGAAAAUUCUACAUGAUCAGAAAAUUCAUCCCAAGCAUUUCACACUUGGCCAGGAAGUUAUUCUUUACAACUCUUGCUUACAUAUUUUUCCUGGUAAAUUGAAAUCUCGAUGGAAUGGGCCGUACAUUGUAAAGAAGGUUCAUCCUCACGGGGAGGUAGACAUUGUCAAUCCAAAGAAUGGCAAUAGGUUCAUUGUUAAUGGACAACGUCUAAAGCCCUUUAUGACUACCUUUGAUCCAAACGAAGAGAUCUUCUUGCAUGUGCAAGACCCUAUGGAAGUAUCUUGA